AGAAUUUCUCUUCCAAUAAUUUUGGUUGAAUUUCACAUUUCAAUUAAAAUUGGAUGGUGGUUUGUAGCCUAUUUCAUGCUAGCCGUUAAUUCACUUUGGUUACCGAUUAAAACGCACGUGUCGUCCUUUCAGACAUUUUUGUCAGCGAGAUCUCCAGGCUUGUCUUUAAAUAGUACAGCUGUCCCUGCUCCACCAAGAUGGUCAAGGAAGACAAGUCAACAUGGAAGGCUAACUACUUUGUCAAGAUAGCUCAUCUGCUGGAUGAGUACCCCAAGGCAUUCAUCGUGAACGCUGACAACGUGGGGUCCCGUCAGAUGCAGCAGAUCAGAACUGCCCUCCGCGGACACGCCAUUGUGUUGAUGGGCAAGAACACGAUGAUGAGGAAGGCCAUCCGAGGUCACCUGGAUAAGAACCCAGCCCUCGAGAAGAUGCUGCCGUACAUUGUUGGCAACGUGGGCAUUGUGUUUACCAAGGGCAACCUGGUUGAUGUCCGCAAACUGCUGCUGGAAAACAAGGUGAAAGCCCCUGCCCGUGCUGGAGCUAUUGCCCCCGUGGAUGUGAUUGUGCCCAAGCAGGCCACCACCCUCGGCCCAGAGAAGACUGCCUUCUUCCAGGCCCUGCAGAUCACAACCAAGAUCACCAAGGGAUGCAUUGAAAUCCUGAACGAUGUUCGACUGAUCAAUACUGGUGACAAAGUGGGGGCCUCUGAGUCCACUCUCCUCAACAUGCUGGACAUCUCCCCAUUCUCAUAUGGACUGGCCAUCGAGAGAGUGUAUGACUCUGGCAGCGUGUUUGAGUCCAAGGUUCUGGACAUCACAGAUGAAGACAUCAGGACCAGGUUCCUGCAGGGAGUGCGCAACGUAGCCUCGUUGUCCCUGAAGAUUGGCUAUCCCACGGCUGCUUCUGCCCCUCACUCCAUCGUCAAUGGCUUCAAGAGACUGCUUGCCAUUGCUGUACAGACCGACUACACUUUCCCUGCUGCACAGAGGACGAAGGACUUCCUCAAAGACCCUUCAAAAUUCGCGGUGGAAGCUGCCCCAGUCGCUGCAGCCCCCGCUGCUGCCAAGAAGGAAGAGAAGAAAGUAGAAGCAAAGAAGGAAGAGUCUGAGGAAUCUGAGGACGACAUGGGAUUCGGGCUGUUUGAUUAGACAAUUUGUUACCGCAAUGCCAGACUUAUGUCAUAUGUCUCUGGAUUCAUGGACUUGAAUAAAUAAAUACGUACAUGA